ACGAUGUUGAGUUCGAGUUGAAUACAGUCGAUCCCUUUGUUCACAAAAUCACUUUGGCCGAUGGUUCACAGGGAUCUACUGAGAUUAUCUUUCAAGGUUGGCCGCAAACCUAGCAUUUUCCGCUUUUGAACUGAACCGAAAUUUUUUUUCUUCAUAUGACGAUUAACGUUUAUCCAGGCUUUUUUCGGCGAAAACUUUACCAGUUGCAAGAUUUCAAGACCUUCCAACGCCUUGGCCGAUCCACUCCCCCCAUUUCAUCUUUCAUACCCAAUAUCAGGAUUGACCACCUUGUGGACCAGUUACAGCAGUUGUACGGGACGCUGGGUAUCUCCAGCACAACCAUCGAGUGGAUGUGUCUGCAAGAUCCGCGUGCAAAGUUUACUUAUCAACGGCCACAACUGCCUGGACAGCAGUAUCCAGGUCUUGGCAUGAGUAACGAUAUCUUGACUUUAACAAUCACUAUGGCCCGAGAGCAAUCGCGAGACGCCGUUUGCGUUCAGCCCGACCAUUUUCACAAUGCGCUAUUCUUUCAGAGGAAGGGAUUCAUAUAUUUGAAUCCAGCGUACCAGGCUGUAUUUGAUGUGCUGUGUGGUACGUUUGGUGAAUUUUGAGCUAUGGAGUUCUAACGCUGACGAUGUUCCAUAGAAAACCUAGAGGACGAUAUCAGCACACAUGGGCUGGCCUAUGUGUCGUGGGCUAUCCAGUAUGGCUACGUGAAGGACUGCAAUGGAAGUGCAUUCAGGU